GCAGAAGAUAUAGAGGGAGAAGAAGAGACGUAUGUGACUGAUAUAAAGGCAGAAGAUAUAGAGGGAGAAGAAGAGACGUAUGUGAGGGGUGAUCAGCAGUGUAAGGAGGAGGAGAUACCUACAGAUAUCAGCACAGCAGAUGGACACACAAGCAGGAAUAUCUCAGAAGGAUAUCUAAUGUUAUCUCUGGAUUCUGAAAUAACAGAUAAUGACAGUAGGCAGGAUUCUCCAGGAGCUAACCCCAUUACCCAAAUUAUUCAUCCAGCUCUAUCAGCUGAUCCCUCUGAUCCUGAGAAAUGUUCUCCUGAUCACUCUGAUAUUGGUGCAUCUGUGACAGCUCUGAGAGUAGAUACAGUGUUUCCCUGUUCUAUAGAUGCCAUAUGUUUUACACAGAACACAAACCUUAUUACUAAUCAGCCAGCUAAAGCAGAUGAGAGGCCAUUUGCAUGUUCUGAGUGUGGGAAAUGUUUUACAUAUAAAUCUUAUCUUGUUAGACAUGAGAGAAGUCACACAGGGGAGAAGCCAUAUUCCUGUUCUGAGUGUAGGAAAUGUUUUGCAUGUAAAUCAGUUCUUGUUACACAUCAGAGAAGUCACAUAGGUGAGAUGCCAUUUUCCUGUUCUGAUUGUGGGAAAUGUUACACACAGAAAUCAGCUCUUGUUACACAUCAGAGAAGUCACACAGGUGAGAAGCCAUAUUCCUGUUCUGAGUGUCGGAAAUGUUUUGCACGGAAAUCAGCUCUUGUUAUACAUCAGAGAAGUCACACAGAUGAGAAGCCGUAUUCCUGUUCUGAGUGUGGGAAAUGUUUUGCACACAAAUCACAUUUUGUUACACAUCAGAGAAGUCACACAGGUGAGAAGCCGUAUUCCUGUUCUGAGUGUGGGAAAUGUUUUUCAUCGAAACCAGAUCUUGUUAGUCAUCAGAGAAGUCACACCGGUGAGAAGCCAUAUUCCUGUUCUGAGUGUCGGAAAUGUUUUGCACGGAAAUCACAUCUUGUUGUACAUCAGAGAAGUCACACAGGUGAGAAGCCAUAUUCCUGUUCUGAGUGUGGGAAAUGUUUUGCACACAAAUCACAUCUUGUUAUACAUCAGAGAAGAAGUCACACAGGUGAGAAGCCAUUUUCCUGUUCUGCGUGUGGGAAAUGUUUUGUACGGAAAUCAGAUCUUGUUACACACCAGAAAAGUCACACAGGUGAGAAGCCAUAUUCCUGUUCUGGGUGUGGGAAAUAAGCUCUUGAUAGACAUGAGAGAAGUCACACAGGUGAGAAUCCGUAUUCCUGUUCUGAGUGUGGGAAAUGUUUUUCAUCGAAACCAGAUCUUGUUAGUCAUCAGAGAAGUCACACAGGUGAGUAGCCAUAUUCCUGUUCUGAGUGUGGGAAAUGUUUCGCACAGAAAUCAGCUCUUGUUACACAUCAGAGAAGUCACACAGGUGAGAAGCCGUAUUCCUGUUCUGAGUGUGGGAAAUGUUUUGCACUGAAAUCAAAUCUUGUUACACAUCAGAAAAGUCACACAGGUGAGAAGGCAUUUUCAUGCUGUGAGAGAAAUGUAACCGCUCUUGUUGAACAUAUUAGACAUUACCCAAGUACGUAACCAUUUAAAUCUUCUGGAGUAUAAUUAUCACUGUCGUGCAAUGUUCCUCAAGGGGGAAUCCUAUCUCCUAUGAUUUAUAAAAUAUACAUGCUACCACUGGGUGAUAUAAUCAGACGUCAUGGCCUGGUCUACCACAGCUAUGCAGAUGACCUGCUUUUUGCUCCAUGUACUGAGAACCUAAUACCAAUCCUAAAUGGUUGUCUAGCUGAGCGCUAGGGGUGGAUGAUGCCAGUUAGCUGUGACUCAGUCUUUGUGAAACAUAAUAGAAGCUCACCAACAAAGGACAAGACUACAGCUUUACCAACCAUCUGGAUUUAUGUUUUGGUGUUCAGAAUUGCAAAAUACUGAACGUGUGCUGAAUCUUUGUGUUGUCCUGGUAUGUGGAUGACACAGACAUCAGGUAUCCGCCACAUACAAAUCCUCAUUUUUCCAUCUGUGGACCAUAGCCAGAAUCAAGCACUUGAUUCCCUCAGAAGUUCAUAGACUACUGCAAUGCCAUCUGCCUGGGUCACCCAGCAAAAGAAUUACAGAGCUUGCAGCUAGUACAGAAUGCAGCAGCCAAGCUGUUACCUAACCAGCCCGUUCCUGCCGCAUAACACCCAUUCUCUAUUCCCUUCACUGGCUGCCUGUAAGAUAACAAAUCUGUUUCAUAAUUGGCUAACUGACCUUCGCAGCCCAACAUUACAUGGUCCAAGGUACUAGAAGCAGCAUCUGCCUCCUUACUGCCCUGCUUGCUUGCUUGCUUCUACAGAUGGACUGUUACCAGCAGUACCAAGAAUCUCCUGUCAUUCAUUUAUGGGUUGAACGUUUAGCUUUGCAGCCCUGACCAUGGAACUCACUGCCUUGCACAGACCAAGAGACCACCACUCUAGAGACCUUCACAAGCAAAAGAAAUCUGAAAAGUUCUUUUUCCCAACAAGUGGAAAAAAGAGUUGAGGCGCCGAUAUGAAAAUAUAAUAAACAAACAAACCAUGUAACAGUGUAUAAGUAAUGAUUUAUUUAAGAUAUAAAACUAUUUGUAUAUAUAAAGUACCGGCCGGUAGAUAUAAACAGAUUAAUACAAUCCUUUAAAUAGAACAAUUUAAAACAAGUGCAUUCCUGUAUCUGAAAGGCUACACUCCAAGAUAUCCUUUGUAGUAAACAUGUAUCAAAAUGCUCACAAAAAAUAUAUAUAUGUAUAAAUGUCCAACUUCGUAAUUAAAGAUACACUUCCCGUCCGCUGGUGGCAGUUCCUUUAUAUGCAGACAUAUCUGGAAGUCCGUGAAGUAAUUUUUAGUAUAAGGUUGGUUUAUGUGAUACUCAGGGUGGAAUAUUAAUUUGCUCAAUGACUUGUACUGUGGAGCAGUCUCUUAAUUAUUGUAACCCAGAAUGGGCACGCUAUAGGCAGUCUUUGUAUCGCUGUACAACAAGAGGGGCACUCUUAUCCUUCGUGCAGAUAUUAGUUAACUGAGUAAUGGGAAAAUUAGACGGCAAGGAUUUUUAUUAGCAAGAGGUGUAUAAUCGUGUGCUCCACACUGGUCAGACUGCCGCUUCCAAUUUAGGCUGCCAGCGUUAUUGCAAACGCUCGUCUUUCCCACCUCUGUUACAUAAACUUCUCCCUCUGCGACGUGACGCUAGACACUGUGCUGCACCCGGGCUGACCGGCAGAUAUUGCUUCUCAAGCAGACUGAUGACUGUUACUCACGCUUUUCAUUAAUGUACCUCUAUUUACUUCCUAAAUAAUACAUCCCAAAUGCUUAGGUCUUUUUUCUGCUGUUUAUUUUGUAUCUUGUGCUUUGUGUAAAUGUGAAUGUCUAAUACCAGUUUACACAAUCUGUAUUGCUGCACGCCAAUAUGGCGGCCAUUGGAACGUGUUUUCACUUCUAGUUUGCCUAACUUGUUGCAGACACUCAUCUUGAUAAGGAGUGCUGAGUGUUUUCAGAUACAAGUUCCUGUCCAUAUAUACCCUGUACAUUAUCAUGUGCAUUAGAGUCACCCGGGUUCCAUCUGCGGUGGUUUGUUGUAUGAUACAUCUAUAUGGUGCGGAUACUCCUCUGUAUGAUUUCAUAAUAAAAGCUUUUGUUUGCAUCUAAUUAUUACAUUAAAGCUUUUAUUUUUAUUCUGUUUUAUAUUCCCGUCUAAUUAUGCCAUAAUGUCUAAUCUCGGAGUACCAAAUCAAACUAGAAAAAAGCGCUAAGCUAAAAUGUGUCAGCUGUCCUAACUUCCAAGAAUGCUAGUAUAUACCAAGUAAUUCUCCUCGCCUUAUUGAGGAAUGCUAGUAUAUACCAAGUAAUUCUCCUCGCCUUAUUGAGGACGGCUGCUCUCAAAUUAAAGGGUUGAUUCCCAAAGUAUUACAAAAACAUAAAAAGAAAUUGAAAGCGCUGUACAAAAUAAAGGCUUGUUCUUACAAGUUCAUUAAAAACAAUAUCACAUGAUCUAUUGGAUACCC